CUCUCUCUUUGUGAUGGCUACAGCUGACCAGUUUGUGAAGGAGAUUUUCUCCUGGAUCCAGCAGGGGGAGGAUUAUGCAGACAAGCUGGAGAAACUGGCAGGGAGGCUGGAGUCUGAAAGAAAAGAAACCAGUGCUGUUAAAUGUGUUGGUGCCUCAGUUGGAGUGAUGGGAUCAGCCCUCCUGAUUGGAGCUGGAACUGCCUCUGUGCUCACCGGUGGAUUAGCUACUCCUCUCUUAGCACUGGGCGCUGCGUAUACUGGUAUCGGUGCUGUUGCCUGUGUCCACGCCAGUCAAACCGAAGAGAAAUAUUCUAAGAAAAUACUGAGAGAGGCUCGAGAUAUUUUAAACAGAAGCAACGAAAUAGUGACUAUUAUUCAGGAGUUGUUUGAGAAACUGAAGAAUGAGAAGAAGAGGCAGAACUCCAUGAUGGAUCCAGAGGAGCUGGAUAACCAGGUCCUGGCUGAUGUUCUGAUGGCUCUGGGGAGACACAGAGGACUGGACAUGUCCAACAUGGGCCAUCUGCUUACAAGCCAGAUAGAGUUCAGUCAUGGUGAUGGGGGAAACAUGAGUGGACCACUGCUCGGUUACUCAUGCAUCCUGAUGAGUGUCGGUGCCGUUCUGUUGAUCUUCAACCUGAAACUUGGUUCAAAGAGCUUUGGGCUUCUGGCAGCUUUUGGACCUGUUGCUCUUUCUGGAGGCGUCUUGCUUGCAGGGGCGGGGGCGAUGGCAUAUUUCCUUCCAGAAGCAAUCGACAGCUGGAGGGAUCAGAUCGAGAAAAACCAUGUGACAGAGGUCAGUCGAUCUCUGAGGAGCAGAGCUAAGGAGAUCCUGGAGAUCACCAGGAAGCUGAGGGAUCAGUUCAACACCAUUGAGGAAUCUCUCAGAAAACUCUCCAGAAUCAAAUACGUCAUAGAGAAGAAAAACAGGAACCAAUAUGAGAAGAAAGAGCUGAUUGAUUACGCAAUUAAUAACACUCCUUACCCAGAGGUUAAACAGUGGUUGAGAGACAACGCAGAGACUGAUGUCUUCUUCCAUCUGGUAAACCUUGGAAACUUCAUAAACCAAAAGCUGAAGGAGGAGGCAGAGAAGAAGAAAGAGGAGGAUUGGAAGUGGAGGAAGAUCGAACUGGUUUUCUUGGCUCAUGGAUCGAUUGUGGACUCGAUGAUUCCUGCCAGAUGUCUGCUGCCUCUGCCGUCCAUCACAGACGUCCUGCUGUAUUCUCCCUGGAACUGCCUCCUUUAUCCUGAAGCGGCCUACAGCAUCGCUACAGGAAGCAUCCAGCCUCACCACCGGCGGUUUGGAUGCACCAAUCCAGACCUGUGCUAUUGUUCUCCUGAGACUUCUCAUGAUGUCCAUGAACCGUUACAUCUGCCCUCCAGCUGGAACUCUAUGAAGGACGCUGGAUGUCAACAAGUCCCUAACAUCAUGGUUAGUCCAGUAGCAAAAGAAGGAGACCCUGCGUUUGCAGAUUUCAUUGCACUGCAAGACUAUUAUGGUGCAUCAACAGCCAAUCGGUAUCUCAUCCCGUACCUCGCUCCCUGGAUCGGCAAGGUGCCCUUCUCGGUCGUCAUGUUGGCCAUGUCUCUGGUGCUCUUACUUACAAAUCAUGAAGCCACCGUCCACCUGGCCGCCUGCCUGGGAAAAUCACCCAGAAACGCCGUAAUGCAGGAGGAGUAUCUGAGGUGGCAGUACUCCUACACUGUGGGCAACACCGGCAUGACCGUUCCAAGAGAAACGAUCCAAAAUAGAAACGGUCCAGUGUUUAAUAUGUUCAAGGCUGUUUUUGGUGAAGAAGCUCCAAUUUUUUAAUGGCUGGAUCAGUUCAGACAGUUUGAACAAACUGAUCCAUUACUUCAGUUUAUGUUUGUUCUGCUUGAUGAUUAUGAGGAUUUCUAUGAUAGAUUUUUUUUACAGAAAAAGCUCUGUGUACCUUAGAAAAUU